AUGAGGACAGCCGUGGUUACUUUUGCCGUCCUCGCGGUUUCUGCACUCGCCAGCGGAUAUCCACCCCAGAGUUCGAUCGAUGGAAUGCAAGGUCUGCGGGUAGCCUGCCACACCAGGGAUCAGCUAGACUUUGUGCGGAAGUUCCGAAACACGCCAGGCUUCGAUUUGGCGGCAAUCGAGCGAGACCCGACAUACCCCAUCCACGUUUUCGUGGCGGCCAAUCAGCUCGAGCAGUUCAAGCGAGCCCUCGCCACCAAGGGAAUCGGCUACGACGUUUUCAUCGACGACGUGGGCACAAUAACCCGGGAACAGAAGCAACAGUCUCAACUCCACUCGAGCGACCUCCUGAGCUCUUUCCCCCCCUGGGACCGGGUAAGAGAUAGAGCAAAGAAAAAAACUUCAAUCCUCGAGGUCUUAUCAAUCGGUCGUCUUCUCCACCCGCAGAUCACGUCGUACCUCGAGACCCUCGCUCUGACGCACGGCCACGUGGCCAAGCUGAUAAACAUUGGCACGAGCCACGAGGACCGGGACAUCCUGGGCGUAAAGAUCACGAGCUCCGACGCCAGACCCGGCCCCAGGCCCGCCAUCCUCGUCGACGCCGGGAUCCACGCGCGCGAGUGGCUCGGCCCCGCCACCGCCCUCUACACCAUCCGCCAACUGGCCGAGAACGCGAGCAACAGCCACGUCUUCGACAACGUCGACAUCUACGUCCUCCCAUCGAUCAACCCGGAUGGCUACGUCCACACCCACCAAGUGGAUCGCAUGUGGAAGAAGAACCGGUCGCCGUCGGCUGACGGGGUGGGCUGCUUCGGGACCGACGUCAACCGGAACUUUGACUACAAGUGGAGGAGUUCGGGGAAUCGGUCUUGCGACUCGGAUUACAGUGGGCCCGGGCCGUUCUCGGAGCGCGAGAGCCAAGCGUUGAAGCACUUUGUCGAGUCCGAAGUGGGUUCCUUGAAGGUCUACGUCAGCCUCCACUCCUACGGGAAGUACAUCCUGCAUUCGUGGGGUGACAAGCCAGAGCUGCCCGAAAACGCUCCUAAGCUCGAGUGCGUUGCGAGAAAGGCCGAGGCAGAACUGUCCAAGGUUCGGGGGGAGCGCUAUCAAGUAGGCAGCUCCUACAACCUUCUGUAUCCAGUUCACGGUGGUAGCAAGGACUGGGCCCUGGCGGUCGGAGGGGUGGACUUGACCUACACGAUCGAACUGCCGAGCGAAAAGUACGGAUUUUUCGCACCAGUCAGUGAGAUCGUCCCCGUUGGCCGGGAGGUCUUCGAGGCCAUCAAAGUCUUCGCCAAGUACGCCGAGGGUGGGAUAUGCCAGGGCGUUUAA